AUGUUUACAAAAUUUAAAGAGAAUCUAAGAAAGAUAGAUAUUUUUGGAUAAUCCAUAACACUAAGCUUUCGUUAAGAGGAAGAAUACAGAACUAGUUUGGGUGGAUUACUUUCUUUAUGCAUUAUUGGCACCAUUAUCAGUUUUUUUUACUCGAAUAUUAUUGACUUUUUUUAAAAAAACACAGUAUCAUCUGAAUCAGAACAGUAAUUUAGUGAAGAUCCAAGCACAAUUAAACUAUUACCCAAUAAUUUUAUGUUUGCUGUUCAGAUUGAAUAAGACAAUUUUACUACAAGCCCUUAUUUUAAUAUCACUGUGGAAUAGAGAGCCUAUAUCAGAGAUGAAAAUGGGACCUAGAAAAAGAUGCCUUCAGUUUAUGUGGAUUUAGUGCCUUGUACGAUUGAACAUUUUAAGCCUAUAUUCGAUUAAUACAAUGCGUCAUUUGAAGAUCAGUUUAAGCAAUAUAAUUUAAACAAUUUCUUGUGUCCAAAUUUAGACCAUCCCUUGACAUCUAAUUUGACAGUUGGAGGGGCAUGGACAAGUAAAACUAUAUUAAAAAUAUAUUAUUAGGUAAAGAAUAUUCGUUCUUAAAAUUUUCUGUUACCAAAUGUAAAAGCAAUUCUGGAAAUAACUUUUCAUGGAAACCACAAUGUAAGACCGAAGAGGAAAUGUUAUAAGUAUUAAAAUCUGUAGGCAGCUUUAGAUUUUAGGUAUAUACCACAAACUAUGUAAAUUAAUUAAUAUAUAGUAAUAGUUAAUUAACCCUGGAUCACCAAAGCAUUUUAUUCAACCUUACAUAGCCAUAGAACAAUUUUAUUCAUUUGUUCCGAAUGCUAUGUUUGUUCAAUCAGAUAUUUUCCUUCGGCCUAGAACAAUCACAACAGAUGAUGGAAUACUGAUGUAUCCAUAGAAAUCCACUUAAACAUAUAUAACCAGAGAUUAUAUGGAUAACAGAGAACAAUCAGCAAUUUCAAAUUUAGUGCCUGGAUAUUAUGGUGCUUUCUAUUUUAAUAGGAGUCCUUACUCUUAUGACAUUACAAGAAAUUUUAUGAGAUUGGAUGAACUUUUAAGUAAUUUAGGGGGAUUUUCUCAAUUUAUGAUUGCAGUAAUCGGUGUUCUAAUUAAAAUUUACAAUCGUGAACACAUGGUCAUAGAAAUGGCAAACGACCUAUACGAAUUCGAUCUUAACAAAAAAAGGAAUAACACUAUCGAGGCAAACAACGCUUUAUUAGCAUCCUCUUAAAGAGGAAGGGAAGCCUUAAAACGAUCAAUGCAUAAAAUCAAGGGGGACUCUUCUAUUUAAAUUAAGAGUAUGUCAACUUUUAAUUAGAAACCUAUGAUGGGAUAGUUUUUAUCUCCGAAAAGUAUUGAGAAACAGGAGAGUCUCAAACUCAAAGAAUGCAUAAAUUCACAUCGGUCAAGUAAACUAAAAAGAGUUAGUUAAUUGAAGGUUCAAUGCUCUGCAAUAUUUGAAUAAUUCAAAUAACUGAUGGUUGCUAGUUAACAUAUUGGGAUUAGUAUUAAGUUGAUAUUGAGUCAAAUUAUGCCCUUUGAAUGUAUUUAAUCAGAUGAAUGCGUUGUAUUAAAGAAGGCUAUGUAAAUAUAUUGAUAAUCCAUUAAUAGGGCUUAGGUGAAUAAAGAAUUAGAUAUAUAAUAUAUCAUUAGAUAGUUGCAUGAGAUGGUAAAGUUAAAGAGAGUUAUUUUCAAUUCUGAUUAAGUUACAUUGUUUAAUUUUAGUCAUAGACCAACAAUCAGUUUGAUUAGAGACAAGAGAAAUAGAAAAUCAACAGUGUAAGCACUAUAAUAACUUUUAGACUCAAAUAAAUAUUGGAAAAUCCGAGUCAUGAAAUAGUUCUAUCCCAACUAUUUACUGAUCUUGUUAAUUCAUACUAAAAAUUGAUAGGAUUGGAUGAUUAAGUAUUGUCAGAUGAAGAAAUUCGAUUCAAUUAGAGAUUAAUAUCGCUUUUGGGGUCAAAAUUACCACAUUUAUUGGAGAAGGAAUUAGCAUAAGCUUCUGAUGAUGAUUCUAACGAGGAUGAUCCAAAACCUGAAGAUAUUAUCAGUAGAUCUAAUUGA